AGAGAGACGCAAAUAAUUGGUUGAAGAUUUUCCUUAUGUACAGUACUGACACCUCACUGUCCCUCACUGCACGUGAACCUGCUGGGCUGCCGUCUCGUUCCUGCACUACAGGGAAAUGCAGUUUCAUUGUUAAAGAACUUUGAAUUCAUAUCAGGGUGAAGGUUUCCAUAAUUCGCAAAUGCCGAUAAGUGACAUGUGGCAAAAUGGCAGUGGAGUCGACACAAUGGGCGAGAUUGACAGUAAUGGCAGCUGUGAAAGCGUGGUCAGCUUCAAUUCAUGCUUCAGUGAUGAAAGUUUGGAGUAUCUCUCUGCUGAAGAGAAGGCUUGUCUCAUGUACCUAGAGGAGACCAUCCAGUCACUGGAUACGGAGGAUGACAGUGGCCUUUUCAAUGAUGACUCUGAUCAGCUGCCAACUCAAGGAAAUGUGGCUAGCAAAGUGGCCCAUCUCUCUUCGUCAAUAAGACUCAGCAAGCUUCCUAGUCAAGCUGUACCCAAAAGCCCAUUUGAAGGUCCAUUCUCAUCUAGCAGCUUAGUGCAAAAAGACAUUCUGGAUAAUACGAUUCCUACUCCAUUUUUCCUUGCAAACCAUAACUCACAAAUCCAAACCAGACCUGAAAUAGCUGCAACCCACAAAAAGAUGGCUUGCGAGCUCCAUCAAGAAGCUCCACGAGUUCCCUCUGAAGUAAGUGUGGUAGUGAUACCACCUCCACAUAAAUUCAAAGGCGGUAAAGACACAGUGGAAGAACAACAGAAUAAACAUCAGCCAGAGAAAAUGGCACGUAGAGGACCGCUCUCGUAUGAGGCUCUGGUGCACCUGUGCAAGAGUGCAUCGAUUAAGAGAACCAAUGCAGCAGAAGCCAAAACCGGAGAACAGCAGUUUUCUACAAACAAAGAUCAUGAGGGAGGCAUCUCUGGAUGCCAAAAUCUCACACAGGCCAUGACAAGUAGGAGCUCCAAGCCCACUCCUCCAACUGUGGCCCCUAAACCUAAAAUGAAAACCCCACACAAGGUCCCAGUGAACCAUGAAGAAGCCUCCAACCCUAAGAUUGACUCAACCAAGCCUUCCUUGGGAGCAUUUACGGUGGAUAAAAUAAUGAACCCAGAGAAAGUAAGAGUGGAGGCUCUUUGCAAGUUGGGUCUCCUCAAGGAGGAUACAAAGAACCCAAUCUGUCAACGACUAAAGCAUUCAGAGUCCCCAGCCAUCUUGGUGCAAAACCAGACCACAAAGGAAUGUCUUGCUCCAAGUGUUCCUGCAAGACCUGGAGAACAAAUAAAUCAGCCAGUACAAACUUACAGUCCUCUCCGCCAAAGGUCUAUGAGUGAUCUUUUGGCCGCUUCUUCUUUUUCACAGCAUGCUGAUAUGGCUUCAACCAGGAAAUAUGCCACACUGGAACGCACUGGGAUGGGACUGUCAGGAUCUAACAUCACAGUCUUAAAUGCAGUUUCUCAGAACCACCAAUCAAGUUCUUCUACAGUAGGAACCAACAACCAUUUUACAGACACUCAAAAGGGUUCUAAUGAAAUGGCAUCCAUAAAAGCAGAAUUGCAUGCAUCAUCUCGUUCCAAAGGCUUCAUUGUGCCGGUUCCCAGCAUCGGAAAGGAUCGGAGAGAGGCAUUACGAAAACUAGGAUUGCUGAAAAACUGAGAUUUGUUGACUAUUCUCUCCAGUCGUGAUGUAUCAAUUAAUGUUUCUGGGUUUAAGCAUCUUUUCAGUUUUAAUUGAGAAUACGAUUACAACCGCCAUUUAUGAGCACUGUUUAUUUUCACUGUGUAAUCUCCGGUCUCAUGGUGUCCUUUACACCAAUAUUAAAAAAAAAGUUUUUUAAACAAUAAUCACUCUGUAGCCUACUAAGAUUGGGCUAUGGCGAUAAAAAUUAGGUUCAUGUUUUUGAGUAGGACUGCAGCACAGACCAAGUGCUUAUUAUCAUUGUUUUAUUGCUUGCUUUUGGCAUCUGAAGAAGCGUUUGGAACAUAGACUGUAUGGUUUGGACCCAGAAACUGUUACACAUGACAUCUGACUUAACCACCAAAUAAUAAAAGUGUGCAAUUUUAUAUUGUUAAAAACCACUGGUAGGCUGAUUCCUCUGGAAAAGGUAAAAACAUACUGACCAACUUCAGCUCAACCAAUGGUCAUUAUUUUUGUGACUCUAAACUAGUUGCACAGAGAUUGCACAGUUCACCUUUAACAAUUUCAAUUAAUACAGUGUGGCAAUUUACCUUUAGUCCAUUAAUUACUAAUUCUAAAUAGGGACUAUAACAAAUGGAUGCCUUUGUGAUAAUAGAUAGGGGUGCACAAUAAAUAUCGGCCGAUAAUUAAUGCAAUAUUUAACGUGCACCCCUGAUAAUGGAGUAUGUUUACUUUUCCAGGUGAUUCUAGUAACUUUAAUUUGGAACUAGACCUAAUGCUCCAAAUCUGUCUUUAUGAAUUAUGCCUGUUUUGCUAAUCAGUUUCUUCAGAAAAUCACUUCCGGUUUUUUCCAAAUUCAAUGGAGUAUAUCUGCUUCACCAUAGUCUGUUGAACCUGAGGGACCCAGGCUUCCACAGAUCAGCUAUCAGACAAACUCCUCGCUUUACACGCCGGUCAGUGAUAUCUGACACAGCACUUCAGUGGAUUAGCGCAUUAUCUUGAGUUGCAUCCAACAGACUGGUCUUCAUGUUACCUGGCCUCUCAGAUUCAUCUG